AUGACCCGGAGACUCCUGGCUACCGGCCAAAAACCCGUCACGGUGGGAACAUAUUUCUCCCUAGGACAUUCGACCAUCGUCGUCAUCACCUCCAUCGUGGUUGCAGCCACUGCUGCCGCUGUAUCCAAACGCUUUGAUAGCUUCAGCACCAUAGGAGGAAUAAUCGGCAGCUCUGUGAGCGCCGCUUUUCUCAUCGUGCUGGGUCUUAUGAAUGGAUAUAUCCUCUACAAGCUCAUUAAGCAAAUGAAUAAGGCCUUGAAUCUCCCAGAGGGAUAUGAAGAUGAGGCUUGGAAGAUUGAAGGUGGAGGUGUGUUGUUUUCAUUGUUCAAAAAGCUGUUCAAGAUUAUCAACAGACCGUGGAAAAUGUACCCCCUUGGGAUCUUGUUUGGACUGGGCUUUGACACGUCUUCCGAGAUUGCCCUUCUCGGUAUUUCAUCCGUGGAGGCUGCGCGGGGGACCAAUUUCUGGGUCAUAUUGAUAUACCCUGCUCUUUUCACCGCCGGCAUGUGUCUCCUCGACACAACCGACGGAGCGCUCAUGUUCUCCCUAUACAUCCAACCAUCAGCCAACUUCCUCCCACCCAAACGCGCCAGCACCAGCACCACAUCCACAGCAAGUACGGCAAGCGAGCAAGAAGACGAAGAACCAUCACGGAACCACCGAGAUCCAAUCGCCUUCCUGUACUACUCGAUCGUCCUCACGACUCUAACCGUGAUCGUCGCCAUCGUCAUUGGCGUAAUCCAGCUCCUCACCAUGAUUCAGAGCGCGGCCCGACCAACGGGUAAAUUUUGGGACGGCGUCGAAACAGCCGGUGACUACUACGAUGUGAUCGGUGGGGGCAUCUGUGGAUGCUUUAUUGUCUUUGGUAUCCUUAGUGUUGUCUUCUACAAACGGUGGCGGAGGUGGGUAGCGAAGAGACACGGAAAAGACAUGGUCACGGAUGAAGAAGGCGGGGUUAUGGAAAGGUACCAUGAUGAUAUUGUUGUUGGGACGGAAAACAGGAAUGAUAUCCUUGAUGAAGAAGCUGGAGGUAGUACGGAGGUUGUUGGAAAGGGCACUGCUGCUUCUCAUGUUACGCAGAAGCCAGCCGGGCAGGGCCAGAGUCAGGCUGUUUUUCUGGAGUAG